AUGUUGCUUGCACUGGCUUAUCAUCGACAUCUUGCUGAAACCGGUUCUUGGGCACCGGAGCCAGACGCUGUAUACCUGUUCGUGGAGCUCGACAUUAAUGUUGUUGAUCGGAUAGCAAGGCUCGUUGACGCAAACGCGUUCGGUCGGUCGCGUGUAUGUGCCAUGCUCCUCCCUUCUCCUGACGACAUCACAGUGACUUUCUCGGGCACGAUAGACAAGAUCUACCUCCAAUUCUCCAAAUUCCCCGAAGCUCUCGACUUCAACGUCUCUUACCACCCAAAUGCUGACUCGGUUGCCGUUUCUCACGACCGUGAACUAUCCGCUUUGAAGGUCUCACAAUAG